AUGGACUCCCGGCGGGGGAAAGCGACGCGGACAUCUAGGAGGGCCGGUGCCGCGGCCCCCAAAGGCUUGGCUCUGAGUACGAGGGACGCCCUCGCCCAACCAGAGGAAUUUCCGCGUGCCUCCAGGGCUGCCCAGUCCUGCAGGGGAGGCUGCGCUCCCGCUGGGAAGUCGGAGUCCCAGCGGGAGAAGAGCUUCCCGGGCACCCAAGAGAGGCGGCAGGUCCGCGAGCUAGGGGCCCGCGCUAAGAAGGCGCCCUUCCUUUCCUGGGGCUCGCAGCCCUCCGGCGCCGUCCCGUUGGAGGGGCAGGAGGCUACUACAGUCUCGGCGGAGGGGCCGGUCCCUUCUGCCUUCUCGGAGCCACACUUUUCCAGAGCGGGAUCUCGCCGCCGAGGGAGCUCAGGGUCCAGUCGGAAGCUGAGGUCCGCACCAGGGCCUGAGCAGUUGCCGAGCCUUGGCAGGAGAGAAUCAGUGCCCAGUGACUGGAAGCCCCGGGCAGUGCUGGAGAAGUUGAAGUUGAGCCCUCAGGAGAUCAGCCCGGCAGCGGAGGUCGUGAACCGGGUCGUACACCACCUGCUGCGGAGACUGCAGAGCUACGAAUCUGAGUUCAAAGGCAUCUCGCUACUACGAACCGGGAGCUACUACGAGCGCGUGAAGAUAUCUGUUCCUAAUGAAUUUGAUGUCAUGUUCAAACUGAACGUUGAGAGAAUUCAGCUUGAAGAAUAUUGUAAUAGUGGUGCUUUUUACUUUGUGAAGUUCAAAAGAAAUCCCAAGGGAAAUCCUCUCAGUCAGUUUUUAGAAGAGGAAAUACUAUCUGCUUCUAAAAUGCUGACAAAGUUUAGGAAAAUCAUUAAGGAAGAAAUUAAAAACAUUGAAGAUACAGAUAUUGUUGUGAAGAGGAAGAAGAGAGGGAGCCCUGCUGUAACACUUCUUAUUGGAAAACCUAAAGAGAUAUCUGUGGAUAUAAUCUUGGCUUUGGAAUCCAAAAGCAGCUGGCCUGCUAGCACCCAGGAAGGCCUGCCCAUCAAUAAUUGGCUUGGAGCAAAAGUUAGGAAUGAACUGCGACGGCGGCCAUAUUACCUUGUACCCAAGCAUGCAAAGGAAGGAAGUAGUUUUCAAGAAGAAACAUGGCGGCUAUCUUUUUCUCAUAUUGAAAAGGACAUUUUGAAAAGUCAUGGGCAAACUAAAACAUGCUGUGAAAAUGGUGGCGUGAAAUGUUGCAGGAAAGAGUGUUUAAAACUGAUGAAGUAUCUUUUAGAACAGUUGAAAAAAAAGUUUGAAAACCGAAAAGAACUGGACAAAUUCUGUUCUUACCAUGUGAAAACUGCCUUCUUUCACAUAUGUACCCGAGACCCACAAGACAGUCAGUGGCACUCCAAAGACCUGGUCCACUGCUUCAAUAACUGUGUGACAUACUUUCUUGAUUGCCUCAGGACAGAGCAACUGAAGCAUUAUUUUAUUCCUGGAUUCAAUCUAUUCUCUCCAGACCUAAUUGAGAAAAUAAAUAAAGAUUUUCUGUCAAGGCAAAUUGAAUAUGAAAGAAACAAUGGAUUUCCAAUUUUUGGUGAAUUUUGA